GCCCCACAGCCCCACCGGCUCCUAACGCCCGGAAACGGCAGCACCGCGGCUUCCCCCGCGCAGACAUGAGCGGGCUGGGGGCCGCUGCGGAGCCGCCGAGUUGGCGGCGGGGCAGCAGCGAGGUCUUUCCUCCUGAGGAGGCGGGAGCCGCCGCACCUGGGGGGUUUCUGCAGCAGCUGCCCAGCUACCAGUCGGCGCGGAGGCGGCGGAACGCGUCCGGCGUGGGCACCCAGGGGCGGCGGGCGGCCCAGCAGGGCUCUGGGGGGCGCCGCGGGGCUGAGGCCCGGGGGCCGGAGCAGGAGGGAGGCGAGCGGGAGGCUCGUCCUGCGAGGGAGUACCCCCUGAGUAUCGCGGAGAAGCGGAGGCUGAGGGUCUUGCAGAAGGCUGAUACAAAAUAUUUAUCUGGGUGGAAGCAGUGGAAAAGAGCUAGCAAUAAAUCAUUGAAAAAAGUUCUCAAUGAAGUGAAGGAGUUGUCAUCUUACCUGGAGCUUUGGCGACAUGAUAUUCACAGCAUAGAGGGGAAAUUUGGCACUGGCAUCCAGUCCUACUUCUCCUUCCUGCGUUUUCUGGUCCUGCUGAAUUUUAUAAUGUUUAUCCUGAUGUUCAGUUUUGUUACCUUUCCCAGCAUCAUUUCCAAAUAUGGAAUAUUCAACAGUACCUUUGCUAAAAUUCCUCCGCAGAACACAGAGCCUCACUGCACAGUUUAUACACCUAGUGGUAAUAAGGGACUUGUUUACUUCUAUACUUACCUCAAAGAUUUGCUCAGUGGCACUGGGUUCCUUGAAGUGACAAGUUUGUUUUAUGGCUAUUACACAAUACAUACCGCAUGGUUCAGUAUCCUGAGCUACAAUUUGCCACUAGCGUAUCUGUUGGCUACAUUUGCCUACCUUGCAUUAAGUUUCAUCUGGAUAAUAAAAAGGUCUGUGGAAGGAUUUAAGCAGAACUUGGUGCAUGGGGAAGAUCAAUUUCAGAGUUACUGUAACAAAGUCUUUGCAGGCUGGGACUUUUGCAUUACAGAUCCAAAUGCAGCACGGCUAAAACAUCGCAGCUUGCAGUAUGAGCUCCAAACAGACUUGGAGGAGGAAAGGCUGAAGCGAAAAAUAGCUGACAGAACAGUGAAAGAAAAGCUAUGCAUCUACUCUCUGAGACUAUUUAUAAAUAUAAUUGUCAUUGCAGUUUUAUCAGGAUGCUUUUACUCUAUUUAUAGAGCAACUGUCUUCUCUCAAGAAAACUCUAGUGACAUCAGCAAUAUGAACUUCCAGGCUAAUCUCUUAGUGCAGUAUUUGCCUUCCAUAGUGAUCACAUUGGCCAACUUCAUUGCUCCUCAGAUCUUCUCAUUUCUGAUUGGAUUUGAAGGUUAUUCGCCGGCCUUUGAAAUCAGGCUGACACUCAUGAGGUGUGUCUUUGUGCGGUUGGCCAAUAUUGGUGUCCUCUUGUUCUCGCUGUGGAGUCAGAUCUCCUACUGUUCCACCGAUGAGUGUAAGGCCUGUGGAUACAAUUACAAACUCUAUCCUUGCUGGGAAACUGAAGUUGGGCAAGAAAUGUAUAAACUGACAAUAUUUGAUUUUAUGAUAAUUCUUGCUGUGACCCUGUUUGUGGACUUUCCUAGAAAGUUGUUAGUUACUCAUUGGUCUUGCAAGCUAGUUCAGUGGUAUGGAUUGCAGGAAUUUAGAAUUUCUGACAAUGUCCUGGAAAUUAUUUAUGGGCAAACUAUCUGCUGGAUUGGAACCUUUUUUUCACCACUUCUCCCUGCAAUAGCAACUAUAAAGUACUUCAUCAUCUUUUACAUUAAAAAGAUCAGUUUGAUACACACAUGCAAACCUGCAGCCAGACCUAUCAGAGCAUCAAGUUCCAAUUUUUUCUUCUUGCUGGUGCUGCUGAUUGGGCUCGUCUUGGCUUUUAUUCCUUUGGGAAUCAGCAUAGCACAUAUCCCCUCCUCCAAGGCAUGUGGGCCAUUCAGGAGUUUUAACACUUCAUGGGAAGUUGUUCCAGAUACAAUACUUGGGUUUCCAACAGGUCUGCAGCAGGUCUUUCAUGGCAUAGCAUCGGAAGCCUUUGCAGUGCCUUUCUUUGUGGUCAUUUGCAUCAUCAUGUUCUAUUUUAUGGCCUUGGCUGGAGCACACAAACGAGUGGUUGAGCAGCUGAGGGAGCAACUGGUUCUGGCGAGUCGUGACAAGCUGUUCUUAAUCAGGAAGAUAACAGAAGCUCAGAGGCAUCCUUGAAAACCACGAAAAGCCAGAAGAACUUGACUUCCCCAAACUUACAGAACCACUAGAUAAGAGUAGAAGCACCUGCAGCACCUAAAAACUGAGCAGCUGACUGCAUCCUGGCAUUGUGGUCUAUCUAAUGGACACCUGUGGUCUUAUUUUUGAUUGUUCUAGUGGGCCUUAAAGAUUCCAUGACUGGAAAUGUAGCUAAUACAUACUGUGCUA